UCUCACAAUGCAGGGUAGCGAUCCCCUUCAGAGCACCACGAACAGCUAUCUUGCCGGAUGCUCUCCUAAAGCUAGCCCAGCCAUGGAAGCUCACAGCGGCCUCAACAAGUACCUCCUCUAUGGCCUCCUCGUCGCCGGCUCAUGGCUCUUGCCGUGCCUCCUCCACCUCCAGUUCUUCCACAUCUCGCUCUUCCCUUACUCAUACUUUUCCUCUCACCGUCGUGCCGACCCAGCCGCGCUCCCCGUCAGCAUCUUCUCUCCCCCGCCAGCGCUCCACAACGAUGACACUAAGCCGUCGUGCGAAGGUCGGCGCGUGUACAUGCUAGAUCUACCCUCGCGGUUUAAUCUUCUCCGGGACUGCGUCGAUGGGUCGCCGGCGUUUGAGGACGAGACCAGCGCGUGCGUCUUCAUGUCCAAUGCUGGCCUCGGCCCGGUGCUCGCUCCCGCCGCCGGCAACGACAGCGACCGUGUCAUCCCUGACAACGGAUGGUUCAACACGGACCAUCACGCCCUGGAGGUGAUCUUCCACCACAGCGUGAGGCGGUACGAGUGCCUCACCGACGACCCGGCGGCGGCCACGGCGGUGUACGUGCCGUACUACGCGGGUAUGGAGCUGAACCACUACAGCUGCGACACCAACGCGUCGGUGCGCGACGCGCCGUCGGCGGAGUUCCUCCGGUGGCUAUCGUCGCGGCCGCAGUGGGCGGCGCUCGGCGGGCGCGACCACUUCAUCCUGGCGUCCAAGACCACGUGGAUGUUCCGGCGUGUGCCGAGCAACAACGACCCCAAAGGGUGCGGCAACGGCUUCCUCGAACGGGCCGAGUGCCUCAACAUGACGGUGCUCACCAUCGAGUCCAACAUCUGGAACCGCCGGGAUAUGGCCGUGCCUUACCCGACCUACUUCCACCCUUCGUCCGCCGCCGAGGUGGCCGCGUGGCAGGCACGCGCUCGUGGGACGCGCCGGCCGUGGCUGUUCGCGUUCGCCGGAGCGCGGCGUCCGAACGGCACGCUGGUCCUCCGCGACCGCCUCAUUGACAAGUGCGUCUCCUCGCCGACCCGCUGCGGCAUGCUCGACUGCAGCCACGGCCAGGUCUGCCGGUCCGCGGAGAAACUCAUGUCCCUCUUCGCCUCCUCCCGUUUCUGCCUGCAGCCGCGUGGCGACUCCUUCAUGCGCCGGUCGUCCAUCGACGCCGUCGUGGCCGGCUGCAUCCCCGUUUUCUUCCACGAGGGUUCCACCUUCGAGAAGCAGUACCGAUGGCACGAGCCGGACAACAACGGCGGCGACGUCGAUGGCCGCCGCCGUUACUCGGUGUUCAUCGACGCGGAAGACCUCGUGGGAGGGAAGGUGGACAUCGAGGAGGUGCUGACCAGGUACAGUGACGAGGAGGUGGCAGCCAUGAGGGAGGAGGUGAUCAAGAUGAUCCCGAGGUUUGUGUACAAGGACCCCAGAGUGAGGUUUGAGGGGGACAUGAAGGACGGGUUCGACAUCGCCAUGGACGAGGUGAUGGCGAGGACGAGGAGGAUAAGAAAUGGUGAGGAUUUGGGAUGGGAUGUGUAAGUAUAGAGCUAGCUAAGUAGAAUGUCGAUGAUACUAUAUGGCUGCGGAAGAUAUUCAAGACCAAGAAUCAAGCUCAACCGGGAGAGGAGAUUCACGGCAUUUGAUCAAGAAGAAUGUGAGAGAAAGUGGAACCUCCCACCUUCCUGAUCAAAUCUCCGUGAUUCUAUCUGUGAAAUAAAUAAAACGGAGCGACUAAAUUCUGCUUGGAGGGAUCGAACUCAAGUCGGUAUGAAGACGCCAAUGAUUCCCCACCUUUGAGCAAGAGCUAGCCCAUCCAUUCACAAAAAUCGUGACAAGGUCAAGAUAUUGUGUUUGUCCGGGGCAAUGUACUUUGGGUAUUCCGUGUUCUUUGCCGAGCGCUCAUAUGAUCUGUUGUUUUUUUGUAAUUGUUUUGAGGCACCUCAAUUUUGUUGGGGCAAUUGCCAAAAUGGUCCUCUUAGGCCAAAUUCGUGUAGCACAAAAA